GCUAUAAAUUACUACUCAAAAAACGAUGACACGAAAAACAAUGCUUCACUGCCCGUUGGCGAUAUUAAAUUUGGGGAAUCCGCAAAAAUAGAAACGGAAAGGAAAAAAGUAAAUAAAACGAGGAAACCAGUAAAGCUUUCGGGCAGGCAAGGUUUUAUUAUGAAUCAAAUUUUGGGAACAUAUGCCCUCAGCGAAACCAAUAAUUCAGUGUGCAGGGCACACGUUAACGAGUUUAAGAUUGGAUUGCGAGCAUUCGAACCUUGGGCUUUAAAAAUGUUCGAUUCGUCUUCAAAACUAAUGGCCGGAAUUCUUGCUGGUAACUUAGCUGAGCUGGGCGCUUUUAAGCAGUGCCUUAAUAUUAAUAAAGAAACACCGAGCGGAGUGGUCAGAGGACGUCACUGUACGUUUAGAUCGUUCCCACCGAUAGACUUAUGCAGAUCGUGCCAAACUUCCAAGACGGUUAAUUUGUUUUCCUUGAGGACGAACGCAAAUAUUUUAUUUUCCACGUCUCGUAGCAACAACGAUAUCGCUUGUUUGGAUGGAAUUCGAUUUCUAAAUAUUAUGUACAUUAUAAUCGGACAUCGAUAUGUCUCUAAUAUGGCUACUCCGCUUAUCAACUCGCUGGAUCUUGUAGAGUGGAUUGAAACAUACUUUGCCACACUAGUUUAUGGAUGUACAGUAACAGUGGACACGUUUUUCGUCAUAUCAGGAUCGUUAUUGAGUUACAACUUCCUUAAUAUUUGCUCAGAUGGACGGAAAUUCAACAUGCCUAUUUUCUACCUACAUCGUUUCUUUAGAUUGUUUAUGCCUCUGGCCUUCACCGUUGCCACAUGCGCUACAGUGCUGAAACAUGCUGGUAGCGGACCACUUUUUAAUGAUUUUAUAACUGGCUACCAAAAGCCUUGCCAACUGUUUUGGUGGAGUGCCAUUUUGACCAUACAGCCAUUUGUUAAUCCAUCAUUCCUGUGUAUCAUUCCAACUUGGUCCUUGGCAGUAGAUACCUUUUGGUAUAGUAUUUCGCCUAUCAUACUGUUAUCACUACUAAGGAAACCUAAGAUAGGCCUUGCAGUGCUUUUUGCAGCUAAUGCAUUUACUGUAGGAAUGAGUCUAUACAUCGGCUGGGCAGGAAAAAUAACUGGUUUUAUUCCGGUGUCGAAGAAGAUAUUUGGAACAGACUAUUUUUUAUAUUAUUAUAUUCAGCCCGUAUGCAGAGGAUCGCCUUAUCUGCUUGGUUUAGCAUUUGGUUACUUACUAUUCAAAACAAAAGAUCGAAAAAUUAGACUUAACCUAUUUGCGAGAACUGUGGCCUGGACUCUGACUUCGUUUUGUAUGCCAUCGGUUGUUUUAAUAAAUCGUUUAGCUCACCUGGAAAAUUAUGAAUACAACCGACUGUUCUCGACUUUGUUUUUACCAUUUCAUCGCUUGAUAUGGAGUCUGUGUGUAAUGUGGAUUAUUUGGUCUUGUCAUAACGGAUACGGAGGUAUUGUCGACGCCAUAUUGUCCCAUCACAAUUUCAAGUUUCUUGGAAAACUUGGCUAUAAUAUGUUUCUUUUUCAUUAUGUUUUUCAAGGCUUAAUGCAAUUUUCACAAAAAGUACCGGGAUAUUUUUCGAAUGUUUUAGUUCUUUACAUGGCAAUUUCGGAUAUUGUAUUGUCGGUACUAAUAUCUAUACCUCUAGUUGUUUUAUUCGAAUACCCAUUUAUGAGAGCGUUUGGAUUAUUAAUCAAACCAAAGGUUAACAACACUGUGAAGAUCAAACCUUUCAAAAAUGCUUCAUAGACGAUAUUAAGCAAAUACGUUUCUUUUCUACUUGUUAUCUGCAUUAUUA